GUAGCGGGCAAGAUGGCGGUGGCGGGGCUGUCUAAGGCCGAGUACUUGAAGCGAUAUUUGGGAGGAGGAGGAGGGGGCGAGGAGAAGGAGGAGGGGGAGGAAGGCAAGAAGCGGCGCCGGAGGAAGAAGAAGGCGGCGGAGGAGGAGAAGAAGGGGGCGACCUUGGGCCGGAUGCGCAUCGUGGAUGAUGACGACACAAGCUGGAAGAGCAUUCCUGUGGAGCAGGAGGAUGAGGAUGAGGAAGGGGAUGAAGGAGAUAUGCCUGUGGUGGCAGAGUUUAUUGAUGAGCGGCCGGAUGAAGUGAAAUGGAUGGAAACGUUUCGCACCAGCAACAAAUGGAAGCUGAUGGGAGAACCAAACGAGGAGGAGCCCCAAAAGUCUGCAAACAGUUCAGAAGCUGCAAAGCAACAGAAAAUGGCACCUUUCCCAGAUCAGUCUCCUCCAAGAAGGGGCCGCCAUGAUUCGCCAGACGGGUCUCCACCCAGGAAAGGCCGCCAUGAUUCACCAGAUCUGUCCCCACCCAGGAGGGACCGCCAUACGAAGCCCCAAUCUGGAGCAAGCAGAAACAAUGACAGACCUUUGGACCAAGGUCGGCAGGAACGGUUCUCGGAGAAGGAUGCGGCCCGUCCAAAGAGGCAAAUGAGUCCUGAUGCAUCGGCGCCUUGGAAGAAGGCGCGCCAUUUGGAUGCAGACCUGCUGCUGCCUCGAAAGCAGCCGGCUCCCAGGGGCGACAAGGCAGCCCCUUCCCCGCAGAGGCGCCAAAGGCACGAUUCCGAUUCCAGUUCGGGUUCCCCUUCGCGGCGCAGCCAAGCCAGAGCAGCCUCGGACUCGGAUCUUUCCCCCCCGCGACCCUCUCUCAGCCUGCUGCAGCGGCGUCGGCAGGGCUCUCCUUCGGACCUCUCUCCGCCCAGAAGGAAGCGCCGCGCCUCGUCUGGCUCUUCGGACUUGUCUCCUCCUCGACGGGGUCAAGAGGCCCCAAGGAAAGGCCGCCGGUCCAGGAGCCCCCCUGACCGUUCACCGCAACAUCGGACAGAGGAUGCCAAAGGCCGGGGCAGCGGCCAAAGGGGCCCUCAGAUGCUAUCGGGUGGCAAGGCGGGCCUGGUUUCGGCGGAGUUGCUGCGGAAGGAACAGAAGGAGCGGAGGCGGCAAGCGGGCGGCAGCAGCAAACACCUGGAAGCCGACUCGCAACACGCGGAGACGGUCUUCCGGGACAAGUCUGGGCGCAAGCGGGACCUGCAGCAGGAGAGGCUGGAGCUGCAGAAGAAGGCCGAGGAGAAGUCCGAGCGAGAGGAGCAGUAUGCCCAGUGGGGGAAAGGGCUGGCGCAGAGCAGGCAGCAGCAGCAGAACGUGGAGGACGCCGUGAGGGAGAUGCAGAAGCCGCUGGCACGCUACAUCGACGACCAGGACCUGGACAAGAUGCUCCGGGAGCAGGAGCGCGAAGGAGACCCCAUGGCCGGAUUCCUCCGGAAGAAGAAGGACAAGGAGAGGAAGGGCGCCAAAGAAAAGCCACGGUACAAUGGCCCAGCGCCUCCGCUCAACCGGUUUAACAUCUGGCCCGGGCAUCGCUGGGACGGAGUCGACAGGUCGAAUGGUUUUGAGCAGAAGCGCUUUGCCAGGAUCGCCAGUAAGAAGGCCGUGCAGGAGCUGGCCUACAAGUGGAGCGUAGAGGACAUGUGAGGAGCGGGUGCCGAGGAGGAGCCUCUUGGCCACCAUGAUCCACCUUCUUUGCCACAACACCAUCCCAGAGCAUUGGUCGGGGCUUAUCUUCCCAGAAAAUAUCCCCAGCCUGGCAGAAGGAGAAGUUUAGAAGGCCUCAAGUCCAUCAUAGAGAGGUCUCAAGAACAUCAUAAUGAGGUCUCAAGAACAUCAUGGAGGGGCCUCAAGUCCAUCAUAGAGAGGUCUCAAGUCCAUCAUGGAGAGGCCUCAAGUCCAUCAUAGAGAGGUCUCAAGUCCAUCAUAGAGAGGUCUCAGGUCUAUCAUGAAGAGGUCUCAAGUCUAUCGUAGAGAGGUCUCAAGAACAUCAUAGAGAGGUCUCAAGUCUAUCAUAGAGAGGUCUCAAGAACAUCAUAGAGAGGUCUCAAGUCCAUCAUGGAGAGGUCUCAAGAACAUCAUGGAGGGGCCUCUAGUCCAUCAUUGUGGAGCCUUGAGUCUAUCAAGAAAGACCCUCAAGUCCAUCAUAGAGGGGCCUAAAUUCCAUCAUGGAGGAACCUCAAGUCCAUCAUGGAGUCCAUCAUGGAGGGGCCUUGAGCCCAACAUGGAGGGUUAGUUGAAGACCACACUUUCCUUGAUCUCAUCAUGACUGUGGGGCCUGGAGUCCACCAUGGAAUAGGCCUUAAUUCCAUCAUGGAGGGGCCUCAAAUCCGUCAUGGAGUGGAGUCAAUCCUCGAGGGGCCUCGAGCCCAUCAUGGAGGGUCAGUUGAAGACCACGCUUUCCUUGAUCUCAUUGAUUGCAGCCAAUUUUGGCAGCGUCCUCUUUGGGGAACCUUCCUUCCUUCCGUGCCAGAGUGUAGGGAGCCAUGGCUUUGAGUGGAUUUGGGACCCCAGUGGGUUUGCGGUCGGAGGCUUUGCAGAGACUUUUCGGGGGAAGCUCCCUUCCUGGCAGCUCAGGGGAGAGGGUUCAGGAAGGCUGUCCGCAGCCAGUAUUUCUUCGAUCCUUUGUAAUUUGGACGUGAUGUUUGUACAUAACUACAUUUUUACAAAAACAGAA